ACAUCCGGGAACGCCAGCAGCCGGCUGAGGGCUGCAUAAUUGGUGGAGGGCCGGGCGCGGUGAGAGCGCCUCGUGGGAAUAGGGCAAGGCGGCCGGGCCCCUCCCAUUCCGCCUUUUCUUCAGCGCCCUGCCGGCCGCACUGACUGCGGGCGCCGGGCCACCGGCGAGUGUGUGCAGGGACUCCGGACACCCGCGGCAGCGAGGUGAGGGCGCAGUCUCCACGAGGACCGAGGCGGACCCUCCGGCGCCAUGCGCGCCCUCCCCGGCCUGUUGGCGGCCAGGGCGCCUACGCCGCGGUUGCUCCUCCUCCUUCAGUGCCUUCUCUCCACCGCGCGCCCAAGCUCGGCGGACGGCAGUGCCCUAGAUUCGCCUUUUACAAGUCUACCUCUCAGAGAAGAAAUGAUGGCAAAUAACUUUUCCUCGGAGAGUCAUAACAUAUCACUGACUGAACAUUCUAGUAUGCCAGUAGAAAAAAAUAUCACUUUAGAAAGGCCUUCUAAUGUAAAUCUCACAUGCCAGUUCACGACAUCUGGGGAUUUGAAUGCAGUAAAUGUGACGUGGAAAAAAGACAGUGAAGAACUUGAGAAUAAUUAUCUUGUCAGUGCAACAGGAAGCACCUUGUAUACCCAAUACAGGUUCACCAUCAUUAAUAGCAAACAAAUGGGAAGUUAUUCUUGUUUCUUUCGGGAGGAAAAGGAACAAAGGGGAACAUUUAAUUUCAAAGUCCCUGAACUUCAUGGGAAAAACAAGCCAUUGAUCUCUUAUGUAGGGGAUUCUACUGUCUUGACAUGUAAAUGUCAAAAUUGUUUUCCUUUAAAUUGGACCUGGUACAGUACUAAUGGGAGUAUAAAGGUUCCUGUUGGUGUUCAAAUGAAUAAAUAUGUGAUCAAUGGAACAUAUGCUAAUGAAACAAAGCUGAAGAUAACACAACUUUUGGAGGAAGAUGGGGGAUCUUACUGGUGCCAUGCACUAUUCCAAUUAGGCGAGAGCGAAGAACACAUUGAGCUUGUGGUGCUGAGCUAUUUGGUGCCCCUCAAACCAUUUCUUGCAAUAGUGGCUGAGGUGGUUCUUUUAGUGGCCACCAUUCUGCUUUGUGAAAAGUACACACAAAAGAAAAAGAAGCACUCAGAUGAGGGGAAAGAAUUUGAGCAGAUUGAACAGCUGAAAUCAGAUGAUAGCAAUGGUAUAGAAAAUAAUGUCCCCAGGCAUAGAAAAAAUGAAUCUCUGGGCCAGUGAAUGCAAAACCUCAUGUCAAGAAUCAUUGGAAGAUAUACAGAGUUUGUAUUCCAGCUUUGUUUAUCCUUCCUGUUAAGAACCUCUGAGUUUUUGGUUUUAAAAGGAUGAAAAGCUUAUGCAACAUGCUCAGCAGGAGCUUCAUCAAUAAUACAUGCUAUCUCAGAUCUAAAGGCAUAUUUUCAUUCUGUAAUUAUGUUACAUAAAAGCAAUGUAAAUCAGAAUAAAUAUGUUAGACCAGAAUAAAAUUAAUUAUAUUCUGGUCUUCAGAGGAUGCACGGAACAGAUAUCAGCAGAAUCACUUAAUACUUCAUAGAACAAAAAUCACUCAAAACCUGUUUAUAACCAAAGAAUUCAUGAAAAA